CCCUCCCCUCCUCUCUUCCUCCUCCUCCUCCUCCUCCAGGGGAGCCGGGCGCGUGAUGGCGGCAGCCGCCGUGGCGGAGGCGAGCAGCGGCGGCAGCAGCAGCAGCGACACGUCCAGCACGGGCGAGGAGGAGCGGAUGAGGCGCCUCUUCCAGACCUGCGACGGCGACGGGGACGGCUUCAUCAGCAGGAAUGACUUGCUGAUGGUGUGCCGCCAGCUGAAUAUGGAGGAGUCUGUCGCUGAGAUCAUGCACCAGCUGGGAGCAGAUGAAAAUGGAAAAAUAUCCUUCCAGGAUUUUAGUCAGUGCCGCAUGGAACUGGUGCGAGAAAUCAGAAAGGAGGAAGUGGAGCUUUCUGUGAAAUCGGAUGACUCUUGUAAAAAGAAAAAGUUAAGGGAUAGAAUAGCUUCCUGGCCGACUAGCAGCAAUAACAGUUUAGGUGCCUUAUCAGGAGCCAGAGAAAGCUGGGAGUAUGAUUCAGGAGCAAGAGACCUUCAGAGUCCAGACCUCCAGAGUCACUUUACACUACUGAAGGUGUUGGAGAAUGGUGGAAGCAGUGGGACUCAACCGGCUGCUCUGCAGAGGCUUCUGUCUCAGGCCUCAAAUUUUAGCAGCUCUGUUGGAGGAAGUUACUUGGAACUUGCCAACACUCUUCAUUUAGCAGCCCUGGCAUCAUUAAAGGGAGACAUAGUGGAGCUUAAUAAACGUCUACAACAAACAGAAAGAGAGCGUGACCUGCUAGAAAAGAAAUUGGCAAAAGCACAGUGUGAACAAUCUCACCUAAUGAGAGAGCACGAAGAUGUGCAGGAGCGAACAACGCUACGCUAUGAGGAGCGAAUCACAGAGCUGCACAGUAUCAUUGCUGAAUUAAAUAAGAAGAUUGAUCGACUGCAGGGAACAACAAUAAGGGAGGAAGAUGAGUAUUCAGAGCUGCGGUCAGAGCUCAGCCAAAGCCAGCAUGAAGUUAACGAAGACUCACGCAGCAUGGACCAGAAUUCUGUUUCUGUACCAGAGAAUCAGUCCACCAUGGUCACUGCAGACAUGGAUAACUGUAGUGACUUGAAUUCAGAACUGCAAAGGGUGCUGACAGGUCUGGAAAAUGUUGUCUGUGGGAGGAAGAAGAGCAGCUGCAGUUUAUCGGUGGCAGAGGUGGACAGACACAUUGAACAGCUCACUACUGCCAGUGAACAUUGUGAUUUAGCCAUUAAGACAGUAGAAGAGAUCGAGGGUGUACUGGGACGUGACCUUUAUCCAAAUUUGUCUGAAGAGAGAUCUCGAUGGGAAAAGGAGCUUGCUGGCUUGCGGGAAGAGAAUGAGAGCCUCACUGCCAUGCUGUGUAGCAAAGAGGAAGAGCUGAACAGGACCAAGGCCACCAUGAACGCUAUUCGUGAAGAGAGAGACAGAUUGCGUAGAAGGGUUCGGGAACUGCAGACGCGUUUGCAAAGUGUGCAGGCAACAGGCCCAUCCAGCCCAAGUCGUCUCACUUCUGCAAAUCGACCCAUUAACCCCAGCACAGGAGAACUGAGCACAAGCAGCAGUAGUAAUGACAUUCCCAUAGCCAAGAUUGCUGAAAGAGUGAAGUUGUCAAAGACAAGAUCAGAGUCUUCAUCAUCUGACAGACCUGUCUUAGGAUCAGAAAUCAGCAGCAUAGGGGUGUCUAGUACUGUGGCUGAACAUUUGGCACAUUCCCUUCAAGACUGCUCAAACAUCCAGGAAAUCUUCCAGACACUUUAUUCACAUGGAUCUGCUAUCUCUGAAAGUAAAAUCCGAGAAUUUGAAGUGGAGACAGAGAGAUUAAAUAGCCGUAUUGAGCACUUGAAGUCCCAGAAUGACUUGUUGACAAUAACACUGGAAGAGUGCAAGAGCAAUGCUGAGAGGAUGAGCAUGCUUGUGGGAAAGUAUGAGUCCAAUGCCACAGCCCUCAGACUUGCGUUGCAAUACAGUGAACAGUGCAUAGAAGCAUAUGAGCUGCUGCUGGCACUGGCAGAAAGUGAGCAGAGUCUCAUUCUUGGGCAGUUCAGAGCUGCAGGAGUUGGUUCUGUUGGGGACCAGACAGGUGAUGAAAACAUCACCCAGAUGCUUAAGAGAGCUCAUGACUGCAGGAAAACAGCUGAGAAUGCAGCAAAAGCCUUGCUGAUGAAACUAGAUGGGAGCUGCGGGGGAGCCUAUGCAAUCACUGGCUGUAGCGUGCAGCCCUGGGAAAGCCUCUCAUCCAACAGCCACACAAGUACUACAAGCUCAACUGCAAGCAGUUGUGAUACAGAGUUUACAAAGGAGGAUGAGCAGCGGUUGAAGGAUUACAUCCAACAGUUGAAAAAUGACAGGGCAGCAGUGAAACUAACAAUGCUGGAGCUGGAGAGUAUCCACAUUGAUCCCCUUAGUUAUGACGUUAAACCUCGUGGAGACAGCCAGAGGCUAGACCUGGAAAAUGCAGUCUUGAUGCAGGAACUUAUGGCAAUGAAGGAGGAGAUGGCAGAGCUCAAGGCGCAGCUUUACCUACUGGAAAAAGAGAAGAAAGCAUUGGAAUUGAAACUGAGCACUCGAGAGGCCCAGGAACAGGCUUACCUUGUUCACAUCGAGCACUUGAAGUCUGAAGUGGAAGAGCAAAAAGAGCAGAGAAUGAGGUCUCUCAGCUCAACAAGCAGUGGAAGCAAGGACAAGCUGGGCAAGGAAUGCAGCGAUGGCACCGCAACGCCGUUAACACUAGCUGAGCUGAGACCGUACAACGAGAGUGAACUGACUGCUGAACUCACAAACGCACUCAGGCGGGAGAAGAAACUGAAAGCUAGAGUGCAAGAGCUAGUGAGUGCUUUGGAGAGACUCACAAAGAGCAGUGAAAUCAGACAUCAGCAGUCUGCAGAAUUCGUCAAUGACCUGAAGAGGGCAAACAGCAACUUGGUAGCAGCUUAUGAAAAAGCAAAGAAAAAGCAUCAAAAUAAGCUGAAGAAACUGGAAUCGCAAAUGAUGGCCAUGGUGGAGAGGCAUGAAACGCAAGUAAGGAUGCUGAAACAAAGAAUAGCUUUACUAGAAGAAGAGAACUCAAGACCACACACCAAUGAAACUUCACUUUAAGUGCAUCUUUUUCAAAGAUGCAUAGUGCCAUUACAAAUUUCUUUCUUUUGGAGGCUGGCUUUUAGGUUGCUUGUAUGCUAGAAUACCUGACUGUCAACACAGUUUAGCACCAUCUCUUAGAUCUCAGCUGUCCAGCCAGGAGUUAUGGGGAUAAUCUAAACAUUAACUAAGGACUGUUUAAUAAUGUAAAAUGGCAGUGCCUGAAUUAUCGUGCUAUGAUUAUGUACAUUGUCUGUCAUUAUGUCUAUACUUAUACAUGUUCUUCUCCAUUUUAUGUCCUACGGAUGACAGUGUCACGUAACAAAAUGCUUCAUGUUAAUAGAUUUUAGUUUGGGCAGGUCGGAGAUAGUUUGAGUUUUGCUGACUCCCAAGUCCCUCCACACACAGCCGCGUUUUGCAUCCUCCAAACUCGCUGCUGUGGGCAAGGAGCCAGGCAGGCAGCUGCAGAGCACGGAGCCAGCAGGCCGGUUUGCUCUGGGCACCACGGCUGCAGUACUGUUGCUCCCAGUGCAGAUCAGGUAGGAAAACUGCUGUUGAUUUGGGGAGGGAAAACAAAACACAACUAAUCAACUAAUUGCAUCUCUUCAAAGGAUGGUACAUUUCCUAGGAAUCGUCUGCGAGAGGUGUAGAGGCUCUAAGUUUUACCAUGCCAGGUAGACCGUCUGUGCCAAGGGUGGUUAAAUCACAGGCCAUUUCCUGGUAUUUAUCUUGCAUGGUGCUUGUGGUUAUUUUGUGAAAAUUGAGUUAUCAUGUCAGUGCAUUAUAGCCACAGUUUUCUUUAAGAGGCUGGGCCAUCUCUGUUACUUACAGAGCCUUUAGUACAUCCUUCUACAAUCACGAAGUAGAACGUCAUCUUUUUACACUUGUGACCAAAAAAGGUACUUACUAGGAAUGUACCUGUUUAGUACUGAAUAAAUAUGCACGAAACUAUAAAUGUGUAGGUGUAUGGAUAUACAGCCACAAGCAGAAUGUGAAUGAUGUCUUCAUGCAGCUUUGUAAGGUUAACUUUUGUUAGUUUUACUGUUGUUUUGUUUAAGUCAAGUCACAUCAUGUUAAUGUGUUAUCAAAGUGAGUGAAUGGAAAAAUACUGGCCUAUUAUGGCAACGAAUGUCAAGUGCGGCAUGGGGAUCAGGUUGGUUUCUCUAGGGAGCAGAUGGAGACUGCCCUAGAACCUGUUUCAGACAGACGUUAGUUCUUCUUGACUGAGUGCAUAAAACAAUUUCCAUGUUUAAGUCUGGUUCUAGUUUAGCCGAACUGGAGUCCGUUAACUUUUAGCCUGUUGCUGUUACUCCUCUAGUUCGCAUUUUUCAAGCUGUGUUCUCGCCAGUGAACCCGACUUGAGGAGCUGUCUAUUGUUUUUGCUUUACCUGCUGAGUUGCAUCUCAAGUUUUAUUAUAGUGUAUUUAGAAUUAUGAUAACGUCUCUCAUUUAGUCCUACAAUUUCUAGUAGAAACAAAAUAUUUUUAGAGGAUUUGAACUGGUUUUGUCUAGUAGAGGUUAAGGCCAGGCAGCCAAACAGUUGUGAGAAUUUGUGUUAAGAAUGCAGCAUUGUUGUCAGCAGUUGGUUACAACUGGCCCUGAAGCAGUUUGUGUUCACGACUUCUGGAUUUCAUUGCUGACGUCUUAUUUCACUUACUGACACGUAAGACCAGGAAAUUCCGAAAGCAUGUGGAAGGAAACUUCUAUGCUGUUCUACUGUUGCUGCCGUUCUCUUCUUUCCUUAGGGUACUAACUAUUUCAUACUUUUCUAGAGUCUGACACAUCAGCUACAAAGCCAGCAUCAUACGUGAUUGAUUGCAAUAGCACAUUAAAACAAUGCUGAUUUCAAAAUUAAGUUGGUGGUGAUGCCUUGGGGUUGAUUUUGGUCAGUCUUUUUUGUCAAGUGAAUUGUACUUAAUUUAUAAUGCAAAUGGAAAUUUUUGAGACCCUACUGUUGAGGGAAUAAAUACAUUGAUUUCUUAUUGUCACUCUGGUUUUGCUAAACGUCCGUGGUGUUUCUCUUCUUGGUCAACAAGUUUCUCACCAACAGGAACGUGAGUUUUUGCCGUGUUUCAGCAGCUGACCACACUUGUUUCUGAAGAAGCGUUCUGAAGAGCAGUGGACCUGUUCCCGUGGCAGAAGUGCACUUACACUUCUGUCCUCUUGUAUCUAAAGCACCCGUCUAACGUGAGGUCGUCUCACACUGUCACUGUGAAAUGCCUGUCACUUACAACAGCUAGAAACUGCUCUUACACCGCCUUUCCCCAGGCUCAAUUUUUUCCAUUCUGUGGUACCUGAAGAAGCUGUUAAGUACACAGAACACGAUAAAACUUAAAGCAUUUGAACUGAAACCUCUCUUUAUAGAAAAGGUGUGCACUAGGAAAGCAUAAAUGCCCCUCAGUUAGACGCAUGGGAAGUUGCAGUGCCCCUCAGUGUCUUUCUAAGGCCUCAUGAUUUGCAGGUUCUGCACAACUGAAUGCUGGUUCACUGCAUUCUCCAUGUACGUCCCACACCCACCGUGCUCCAAAAGUGUUCUAGAAUAAUUUACACAUGAUAACCACAUGUAAGUCACUUUCCCUUUCUUCCCAUAGGACUCCCAGAAAAAAAGGCCAGUGUCAUUCAGCCCCAGCAGCAGCUGUUACUUGCCCAAACAAGUUACUCUGAGCAAAGAGCUACUCGCCCCACCCCUCCCUUUAUUUGUUGGCAUGCUGGAAAAGGCCAAUAGGGAAGUGGCGGAAGCUCUACUGGUGUGGUGGGAACUGAUUCGUAACACCAGUGGCUGUAGUUCCAGUGUACUGGUGGAAAUGUCACCAGUCCUGGGACUAAAUACCAAAACCCAAAUUCCUGUCACUGCCUGGCACCUGUUGGAAACACAAGUACACCAGCCUAGAGCCAGAUGCGUGUGACCUGUACACCACUGGUGCAAAUCACAGCAACUUCACUCAUUUAACUGUUGCAGAAUAAUCGUGCACAGCAAGGGAAAUAGAUUCUCUUGGCAAGACCCACCGAAGUUGUUCACUCAAUUAAUUCAUCUUAGGGUGUCUUUUUUACUUUCUAAAUUGCCAGAGUGCAUGAAAUUUUGUAUUUCAGUGUGUUCAGUACUUUUCUUCUGAUUGAACAUAUAAAUCUUCACCAGCUUGAAUGUACUGUUAGCUAUUGCGAAGCACAUGUGAGUAAGUUUGCAUUAAUGUCAGUAUUGUUCUUCUGUUUCUAUUAGGACUUUCUCAUUUAAUACUGUACCAUACAUUGUAAUUUUAGAUCCUUCUCACCCUUUUCAAUUAGCUUUAAAUGUGUUGCUGCUUUUUAGUCUCCUAGCCGCUGUAAAAUAGCUAUUUUGUGUUUAUUUGAUAUAGAAUUGUAAAAACUGCAUUUAUUUAUACAGAGACAUUUAUAAUACUUAUUUUACAAAUGUUCUUAUAUUCUGAAUAAAUUUCUAAUGCUG